AUGAAAAAAGAGGAAUUCUUCGGAAGAGAAAGUUCUCGACCACUUCGCAAUGUUAUGUUCAAAUUAACAGAACGCGAAAGGGUGGUGUAUUUGUUUAGAGUACUUUUGUUGCGAGCGCUCUCAGAUCUUCUUAUGCUUAAACAAUGUAGUAAAAUUGCACGUCGCAAUCGUUCAUCGCACGUUGCAUCGGCGAAAGGGGAAGAAACUGUGGGAAUAGCGUAUAGGGCUCGGAUGCAUUGCUUUUUUGCUGAGCUGGAGCCUUCUAUCCCCGUCACGGAACAAAACCUGGCAGACCGAGUUCGGUACAUGAUGCGCUCGAAAAUAUUUGAUGAUGCCGAACUCGAACGACUACGAUGUGAGGCUAUUCCAUCGUCGAAUGAAUCGGCUAUGGCUGGAGAUGCAGCUCCACAUCUGACAGACCAGCAUCCACACGUGGAAGCCGCCAUUCGGAUCAUUCCAUUUGUGGUUGAUUCGAAUGACGAUGAAAUAGUCUCCCACGAACUGGAGCAAAUAAGGAGUAUAUUGGAAGAGGCGAUUUUGGAAACGCGCAGCACCCCUCUCGAAAAUCGACCGCGACUUCCCCGCAUACCCCUAAGCAAGCGAAAUCAGGCUGUCGUGAGGGCUCUUAACCCAAUGCUGGUGACUUAUUUGGAAGCCAGCCGGGACCUUUGCGAGACGGACUCAAUUCUCUUUGGCGCCGCAGUGGCAUUUUGCCGUAUUAUUGGUGCCAAACUUCCCAUGGCUGGACGCGAUACUACACAAAGUAGCGCCAUCCCAGCCUGGAGACAAAGAAUCGAGGAACAUAUCGCAAAGGCAAGGGCCCUUAUGGGCAGACUGACAAGCUUCAGGUCGGCCGGAUAUCAUUAUGCAAAAUUAACGGAGCGCAUAGACGACCUGAAGCAAAAGAUCGCUGCUUGGGGGAAGCGGAUUCGACGAUUUACCGAGAGGUCAAGGCGGUUCAACCGGAAUCGUAUCUUCCAGAGUGAUCAGAAGAGGCUCUAUAAAUCGUUGGAGCGACCAAAGGUAUGUGGAGCGGGGCAAGGACCGGAUCAGGCUGAUAUUAUCGCAUUCUGGCGUGGCCUGUGGUCAGAGCCCGUAAACCACAGCGAGGGCCCUUGGAUGGAAGUUGUGGCGAGCCGGGGUGCGAGUGUUACGCCUAUGGACCCCAUCACCAUAAUGCCGGAAGACGUGGCUGAGGCGGUCCGUAGGACCCCGAACUGGAAAAGUCCGGGACUCGACGGGCUGCAUCAUUACUGGCUGAAGGGGUUCAUAGUGUGUCACGCUGUGCUCGCCCGACAGUUUCAAGAGGCUCUCGACCAGAAGUCGCUCCCGAGCCUCUUCACUACUGGGAUCACUCACUUGGUUCCUAAAGAUAAGAAUACCACAGAACCGAGCAAAUACCGCCCCAUCACGUGUCUACCCACCAUAUAUAAGACACUGACAUCAUUUUGA